ACGUAAACAAACUCGCGGCAACACGUGCAUUAUUUUCAUUCUUUAAUUAUUAAAUAAAAAUAGCUUAAACAAUGGAAUUAUUCACUGUAAAUCGUUACAACGAGGAUUUCCAAAAAACAAAAGAUGGAACUCGUGAGGCCACCAACAAUGAAGAUGAAAUACUGCAGAAAUUGCUUAAAAAGGCAGCCAAACGAAAGAGGAAACACAAGGAAACUGAAGUUGUAGAAGAAGCCACUAAGGAGACAGUACUUCCAGAAGAAGAAAACCAAGAAACACAAAAACAAGAAGCCCAAGAGCCCCAAGAAGAAGCACAAACAGAGGAAAUUCAAGAGGAAGAUGAGCCCCAGUCGCCCUCAAAUGACUUCCAAGUUCUGGGCGGUGAUGAAGCCACACAGAAGAAACGUCGAGUGGAGAUGCAGCUGCCCAGUUGGCUGGCACAUCCCACGAUCAUAGAAGGCGGCAACCUCUUGCCCGAUGCGGAGGAUAACCAGAAUGUAGAGACCAUUGACCAAGUCUCCUAUCUGGACAAAACCACCUGUGCGGCUCUUAAGCAAAUGAAGAUAAAGCACUUGUUUCCUGUUCAAAGACAAGUCAUCCCUUGGAUACUGGAGGCUCAAUCGAAACCGCCACCCUUUCGUCCGCGGGAUAUAUGCGUUUCAGCACCCACAGGCAGUGGCAAGACCCUAGCCUUUGCCAUUCCCAUUGUCCAGUUGCUAUCGCAACGCGUCGAGUGCAAAGUUAGGGCUCUGGUGGUGCUACCUGUGGCAGAGCUGGCUCUGCAGGUGUAUCGCGUAAUCAGUGCUUUGUGCAGCAAAACGGAGCUGGAGGUGUGCCUGUUGUCCAAGCAACACAAGUUGGAGGAUGAACAAGAGAAGCUGGUGGAACUGUACAAGGGGAAAUACUACUCCAAGGUGGAUAUUGUGGUGACAACACCAGGUCGCCUGGUGGAUCAUUUGCAUGCCACAAAGGGCUUUUGCCUAAAAAGCCUCAAAUUCCUGGUCAUAGACGAGGCUGAUCGCAUCAUGGAUGCUGUUUUUCAGAACUGGCUGUAUCACUUGGACAGUCAUGUGAAGGAGACCACGGAUCAGCUGCUGGCUGGCACCCAGGCUCCUCUUUGCUAUGCCGAACUGGAGGCCAGCUUUGGCAAGCAGCCGCACAAGCUGCUGUUCUCGGCUACCCUGUCGCAGGAUCCAGAAAAGCUGCAGAAUUUGCGCUUGUUCCAGCCACGCCUGUUCACCACCGUCUUUACAAUGCCUGUGAUGAAGGAGGUGACUGGAGAAGAGGAGGGUGAUGCUAAUACCAACACAGAUAGCGGCCAAUUUGUGGGAAAAUAUACUACACCUGCUGAACUAACAGAGCAAUUCUGUAUAACAGAGCUGCGGCUGAAACCAUUGACCCUGUUCGCUCUGGUUGAGAAAUACCAAUGGAAGCGAUUCCUUUGCUUCACCAACAGCACAGAUCAGGCCAAUCGCCUAGCCUUCGUGAUGCAGACCCUCUUCAAGGAGUCUCACACCAGAGUGGCCGAAUUAUCGGGCAAACUUACGGCUAAAGUGAGAAACCUAACCCUGAGAGAUUUUACCAGGGGAAAGAUAAAUGGCCUAAUCUGUUCGGAUGCCUUGGCUCGUGGUAUCGAUGUGGCGGACAUCGAUGUGGUCUUGUCCUACGAGGCACCGCGACACAUCAAGACCCACAUUCAUCGCGUGGGACGCACAGCUCGUGCGGGUAGAAAGGGCACAGCCGUGACUUUGCUCACAGAACAGGAUCAGUCGGGAUUCAAGAAAAUGCUCAACGAUGUGGGCAAAGUUAUGGGCGAGGAAAUACAAGUAUCACCGGACAUUGAGAUAGAGCAUGCAGCUAUUUAUAAGCAGGCACUGAACAGUCUACGCCAUCGCCAGGAGACAGAAAAGGCACAGAAAAUGGCGGAUAAGAAGCGUACAGCCCAUCAAGCGUUGGUGCACAAAAAGAAGCAGGAGAAUCCCGUGGAUCGUCCGCUGACAUUCAUGGAGAAGCUGCAGCUGAAGGCCGGUGAUAUACAGGAGGAGGAUGCCAAGAAGACUAAGAACAACGCAAAACCGAAACCGAAGCAGGGUAAAUCCAAGCCGAAAGAGACCAAGAAACAGAAAAUUGCCAAGGAAAGAAAGGCCAUUGAGGAGUAAAGUGUUUUGACUAUU